AGCACCGUACAUGACAAUGACCCAGAUGUUCUCGAAACUGAGAAAGCUAAGAAUCUCUCCGGAAAACAACAUAAAGGCUCUUCGCCACAUGAAUCUGCACCAGGGUGGAAUGAGUACCUCGCAUCCGCAAGCGAGGCAGCUGUGAAAGCAGAUAGAAACGAAGCCGGUGACGCGGAGACACUACAACGAAAGAGUGUCGAGCAUAUCCGCGCGCGCCACCAUGCCGACGACGUCACAUCGGGGACCGUAGAAGCCGAAUACGAGCGGGACGAGGUCGAAGGCCCAUUGAAAAGCGCGUUAGGUACGGUAAAAGAGACCGUCGAGGACGUUUUUGUUGAAACCUCGACCAACUCAAGGACCAAUAAGGUGUAA